AUAAAAUGAACCCUCAACCGAGCUUCCCAGUGUGAUUACAGUACUGUGCCGUGCAGUGGCCGUGUGUUGUGGGGCGUGAGUUGCUCGGGUGGUUCGUACGCCGUGCGUGGAGGAGAUAACCGUGCGUGGUGUCUGGACGUGUGCAGAGGUGGCCUUGCGGUGAGCUGCGAGUGAGUUGUAAGAAGAAGAAGAAAGCUGUUUGGCUGCAAGGCUUGCGUGUCCAGCAGCCAAGCAGGACUAACACCCUCACCGACUCGAACUUGCUCCACCAUUGAAGCCCCAGCUUUCAAAGGAAACAAGGUGUGCAUUUGCUGUUGACAAACAAGUUUUUAGUAAGGAUGGAUGAGCUCCUUUUUGAUGAUAUUUUUAGGGUGGAAUGUGUGAAUCCAGAUGGUAAAAAGUUUGAUAAAGUUACUCGAAUUGAAGCACGAAGUGAGAAGUGUGGCAUGUUUAUGCAACUAGAUGUGAAUACGGAUAUUUAUCCUAUUGAUAAAGAUGAGAGAUUCUUGAUGGCAUUAUCUACCACUCUAAGUUUGGAGGGUGGGCAGAAGUCACUUGCUGACAAGUUUGAAUACAUCAUGCAUGGGAAACUAUACAAGAUUUCAGAUGAAACUCGGGCUAAAACUUCAGAUGGAGGUUCAGGACCUGGGAUUGAAGUGGGGAUAUAUGUUUCAUUUGGUGGACUUCAGAUGAUGCUGAAAGGGGAUCCUUCCCAUUGUGCUGGAUUUGAACUUGAACAGCGGUUGUUUCUCCUUAUGAGGAAGUUGACAUGAUAAAUGCUAUAAUAAAAUGCGGUGUGUUUGACUUAUUUGAUUGUAAAAGCCCGCUUAUCUCCAGACUUCCAGUUGGGCAUGUUACUCUAGUUUUAAUUGGUGGUUUGGUCGUUGAUACACCAAAUAUAUGGUGAAAUUUUGUUUUUACC